GAUUGUCAAAAGGGAUCUAAUUAAGGCGGUUAAGUGACUUGAUCUUCCUAAAUCAUGGAUUUCCUAACGGUUUAUAAAAUUCUAAGCAGAGGCGUGGUGUGCGUGAGUGAGCCACCCGUUCCCAGGCUUAUAAUUGCCCUCCCGACCACUUCCGCUCCAGAACGUAACAGAUUUAAAACGCAAGCAUUAGCUCUUGGAUUUAGCACGAUUGAGCUGUUUCUAUUUAAGCAGAAAGUUCACAGCAGUGCAAUCUUUGUCCCUGGUGGUUGACAUUUCACUUGACAUUACCUAUCCCAGCGCCGUGCACACAGUUUGAGGAGUGUAUGAUUCAGUUAAAUUUCCAGGGAACAUGGCACAAGCUGAUAAUCCCACCGAUGUAGUUGUUGUUCUUGGUUGUCGCACGAAUGAAGAUGGAUCCCCAACUGAAAUGAUGAAAUCCAGAGUCAAACGGGCUGCUGAGCUGUACACAUCAUUAAAACAACAGAACAUUGAUUGUCGUGUCAUUGUAACUGGAUAUCAGGCACCAGAUCAGCAGGUUGUGACAGAAGCCAGUGCUAUGGAGAAAUAUGCAGUUGAUAACAACCUUAUUGACCCAGAACACAUCAUCAAGGAGGAAAAAGCAAGCAGCACUGCAGAAAAUGCCUAUUACAGUCGCAUCAUUAUAGAUGAAUUUGAGGCCAGUAAUGUCCAUGUUGUCACAACAGAGCUGCAUAUGGAGAGGGCAAAGAAAUUUUUUGAGAAGCUUUACUCACCUGAUGUUUACAAUGUGAAGUUUUAUGAAUGCACCCACGAUAUGGAUGAUGAGGAAAGGAAGUACAGAGAAGACAGAGAAGAAAAGUAUUUUCCACUUAUAGAUGAGCACAUCAAAAUAAUCAUGCCAAAAAUCACAUUACCUGAUGGCAAGAUGGUGGAAAUUUUGCAGUCAACACUGGUCCCAACAACCCUGUUUAAUCAUGGUUUCACAACACGGCAUGGAGGAGUCUCAACAUACAAAACAUUGUCGUCACUUAACUUGAAAUACAGUGACAAGCGACGAGAUCCGGAGAUCAAUGUGCAGGAAAAUCGCCGCAGAUUAGCUCUCACUGCUCGAUUUGAGGCAGAAAAAUUUCAAAUGGCCAGGUGUGUCCACGGAGCUGAUGUGUGGGUGGUGGGUGAUCCACAACCAGACAGUUAUGAUGCCUUAGUUACUGAUAAACGACAGGUGACCAUAGCAGCACCAGGUGCGGACUGCGCAACAGUCUUGUUCUGUGAUCCAGUGAAAAAGGUUUGUGGUGCUGCUCAUUCGGGUUGGCGUGGGACACUGGACAUGAUUGAUGCUGCUGUCAUUGAUGUGAUGCUAACAAGAUUUGAGUGUAAAGUAAAAAAUAUUGUAGUUACCAUUGGACCGUCAAUUGGCCCAUGCUGUUUUGAGGUUGGUGAAGAUGUGGCUGAAAAGUUUACUACAGCUUUUGGUGACAGUGUUGUGGUGCAGAGAGAAGGGAAGCCCCGCCCAUUUAUAGAUCUACGCCUUUCAAUCAGGCUGCAACUUGAGAAGAAAGGGGUGAUUCCAAAGAGCAUCGAUGAUGGAACAAGUGAGAUGGAUGAAACAUCAAAAUCUCGACACCCAACCCAAUGUACCAAGUGUGACCCACAGCAAAGGUUCUUCUCAUAUCGACGGGAUGGAGAACAGUAUGGGACACAAGUGGGGUUCAUCAGUGUCAGAGAAAUAGAUGAUUCUAACUGUCACAUACUUUAAUCUAGCUCAGUUUGUAUCAACAAUGGGAGUGUUCCCAGAAUUACAAUUAUACAGAUUAGACAUUGCACAUUGGCUGAAUCCAAGUAAAACAUGGAAAACCAUGUUUUGUAUCUGUGUAUUUGUGAGCAGAAAUGUGUUAAACUUGUAAAGUUUAAAGAUUCAAAUGGCUGGUGCAAAACACUAUGCCUUCUUCCAAACACUUCAGAAAUGUAAAUGCUAGCCCAUCAGUCACAUUUUCAGAUUUUCUCUUCUAUUGUCAGUGUGCUAAUCUCAUCAACAGCUAUGCAGUUCACAAUACACAAUUCCUUGUGUAUUAGAAGACAAACCUUCAAAUACCAAUACUGUAAAACCUCGAAUUAGCGCCCCCUCCCCCCUUGAAUAAAUGCCCCCUUCGAAUAAGUGCCCCUCCUAUC